AUGCAUAAAACCUCCGACAGAUCCUUCAGCGACUUUGCGCUGCACCUCCACACGAACAGCAUCGGUCCUAUUAUUAUUGCCCAGAGGCUACUUCAGGUCUGCAGUCCAUUGGUCCCUUCAAAAUUGGUCUUCAUUUCUUCCGACUCUGGAUCGGCAGGGGACUUCCAGGGCCAUGAAGACGGCUUUGCUGCCUAUGGCGCAAGCAAGGCUGCCUUGAACCAGAUGCUCAGGCAUAUGGCUCUCGAACUGAAACGCAAAGGAGGUCCUGAAGCAGAUGUUUGUAUACUAGCAAUACAUCCUGGCACGGUUCAGACGUAA